CGCGCGCCCGGCUCCCGCGCCAUGGGGCAGCUGGUGGCCGUGAGCCUCCUGGGGAUAUCGCUGGCGCUCCUGGGCGAGAGGUUCCUGGCGCUCAGAAAUCGACUUAAAGCCUCUCGGGAGCUAGAAUCCGUUGAUCUUCCAAACUGCCAUCUGAUUAAAGGAAUCGAAGCUGGCUCUGAAGAUAUCGACAUUCUUCCCAACGGCCUGGCUUUCUUCAGUCUGAAGUUUCCGGGAUUCCACAGCCUCACACCAGAUAAACCUGGAGGGAUUCUAAUGAUGGAUCUAAAAGAAGAAAAACCGCGGGCAUUAGAAUUAAGAAUCAGCCGAGGCUUUAAUUUUGCUUCAUUUAAUCCACAUGGCAUCAGCACUUUUAUAGAUGACGAUGAUACAGUUUAUCUCUUUGUCGUUAACCACCCAGAAUUCAAGAAUACAGUGGAAAUUUUGAAAUAUAUAGAAGAAGACAAUUCUCUUUUGCAUAUCAAAACCGUCGAACAUGAACUUCUUCCAAGCGUGAAUGAUCUUGUAGCUGUUGGACCUACACAUUUCUAUGCCACCAAUGGCCACUCUUUCUCUGAUACUUUCUUAAAAUAUUUAGAA